AUGAGAGAUUUCUUUGCGUAUCGUGUACAAGAUCAUAGUAACCAGUUUUCAUUGAUUCUAAAUUCUCGACGGUUAUUCCAACAGUUCUUGGUUGAUGCUUAUACGAUGAUUGAAAGCGAGCGACUUAACUUUAUAAGAUUUCAGCAACAUGAUCUCAGGUCUGAUACAUACGAGAGUAUCCGCAAACUAAGAUCUAACGGCCAACAAGAUUUGUCUAAGGUUGGAAAACGUAUUUUCCUUCCAUCUUCGUUUACAGGCGGGUCACGAUAUAUGAUGCAAAACUAUCUAGAUGCUAUGGCUAUUUGUAAAUGGUAUGGUUAUCCCGACUUUUUUAUAACCAUUACCUGUAAUCCCAAGUGGCCAGAGGUUGAAAGGUUUCUUAAGGACACAAAUCUUAAUCCGGAGGAUAGGCCUGGCAUUCUAUCUCGAAUGUUUAAAAUAAAGCUGGAUGCAAUUUGCAAAGAUUUGAAAGACCGUCAUUUGUUUGGAAAAGCUGCAGCUGUUGUUUACACUAUUGAGUUUCAGAAUCGAGGAUUGCCUCAUGCGCAUAUGUGCUUAUUCAUGGAAAAUGAUUACAAAUUUCCAACUGUAGACCAUGUUGAUCAGUUUAUUUCUGCAGAAAUCCCUGAUAUAAACGAAGACCCGGAACUCUAUACGCUUGUGAAAGACCAUAUGAUUCACGGUCCAUGUGGUAACGCUAGAAUGAGCUCUCCAUGUAUGGUUGAUAGAAAAUGUUCAAAAGGUUUUCCCAAGAAAUUUCAAGAUCACUCAACCUUAGAUGCUAACGGAUUUCCCUUAUACAGAAGAAGAGAUGACGGGCCUGAUAGAGCAACAGUUGCUAUGGUUCCGAGCAAUAAUGAAAACGAGCAAGCAGAAAAUGAUGAAAUUAAAGAGUAUUAUGAUUAUAGGAAUCCUUCUGUUAUGAGGUUGCCUUUCCAUCUUCCUGGACAACAAACUGUUUAUUUCGGUCCUGAUGAAGAUAUUAAUCACGUCCUAAACAAGUCAUCUGUGAACUCAUCAAUGUUUUUGUCUUGGACGCAACGUAAUCAAGAUCCUAACGACACCGUUGCACGUACACUAACAUAUGUACAGUUUCCACGUUUUUAUGUGUGGAAGCUUGACCAGCGUAUAUGGGUUCCGAGAAUAAAAGGAAAAACAAUUGGCAGAAUUCAUUCCAUUUCUCUGUCUACCGGUGAAGCGUACUAUUUAAGAAUUCUUCUUAACAAAGUUAAAGGACCAACAUCGUUUGAUUAUAUUAAAACAGUUAAUGGUCGAGUGUACGAUACUUUUGGAAAUGCUUGCUAUGCGCUUGGUUUGUUGAAUGACGACUCAGAGUACAUUGAGGCCAUCAAAGAAGCAAAUAUAUCAGGUAGCGCAGGUUAUAUUCGCAAUUUAUUCGCCACCAUAUUACUGUCAAGCACUUUAUCUAGACCUGAAGUAGUCUGGGAAAGCACAUGGAAGUAUAUGACAGAUGAUUUUCUUUACAGAUUCUCAAAGUAUCAUCGUGUUUCAGGUUUAUCAAUUCCUGAUGAGCAACUAAAGAACUAUGUUUUAUGCGAAAUUGAGAAAUACUUCAUCUUUAACUUUCGCUGCCGAUUGAUUAACGAAGAGCUUGCAUACGACAGAACAGAUUCACAAAAUGUUUAUCAAGGUCAUGUGAAUUUGUUAACGGAUGAACAACGUUCAGUAUGUGAAGAAAUUAUGAACGCAGUUGAUGGAGACAAUGGAGGAGUAUUUUCUAUUUACGGUUAUGGCGGGACUGGUAAAACAUUUUUAUGGAAAACAUUGUCUGCUGCAAUUAGGUCAAAAGGUGAGAUUGUGUUAAACGUUGCAUCUAGCGGAAUUGCAACAUUGCUGUUGGAUGGAGGAAGAACGCCGCUUUCUAGGUUUCAUAUACCUUUGAAUCUUAAUGAGGAUUCCGUUUGUCACAUUAAACCUGACGAUGAUGUAGCUAAAUUACUACAACAGACCAAACUCAUUAUAUGGGAUGAAGCUCCUAUGGUUCAUAAACAUGCAUUUGAGGCUUUGGAUAGAAUUAUGCAUGACAUUUUCAAUAUCUCUAAUUCAUCCAGAUCUGAUGUUCUAUUUGGAGGAAAGGUUAUUGUUUUUGGUGGUGAUUUUAGGCAAAUAUUAUCUGUUGUUCCAAACGGUGGACGACAAGAAAUUGUGAAUGCCUCAUUAUGUUCGUCUUAUCUGUGGAGGAAGUGUAAGUUGUUGACUUUAACUCGAAACAUGAGGUUAACCGUUGGAAGACCUACAUUUGAAGUUGAAGAGAUCAAUAAUUUUGCAAAAUGGUUGUUGGACGUUGGUGAGGGAAAUGUUGGUCGUUCCAAUGAUGGAGAAGCAAUAAUUGAAAUACCACCUGAGCUUUUAAUUGACAACUCAUCUGACCCAAUUUCUAGCCUGAUUAAUUUUGUCUAUCCGUCAAUCUUGGAAAACUACAAUGAUCGUAAUUACUUUAGUACUAGAGCUAUACUUGCGCCUAAGAAUGAGGUUGUUCACGAGAUUAAUGACAGAUUGUUGGCACUGUUCCCAGGUGAAGAAAAAGAGUAUCUUAGUUCUGACAGUCUAUGCCCUAUUGAAGAUGGCAAUGCUGAUCACUCCUGCCAACUUGAUGAAUCUGUAAUGUUUGAUGUUAAUAUCAAGGAGUCUACAAACGGUUUUUGUAUUUCGAACGGGUGGCCAACUGUCGUCAGUGUACUUGGUAUAGAAGACGGAGAUUUUGUUGUUUUCCAAAAUAUGGAUGCAUCAUCAUUUAGAAUAACUCACUUCAAAAGUUAUCUACACACGGUGAAUUAUUCAAAGUUCCAUAUUGUUAUGUUACAUCCUCAGUUAAGCAAUCUGUGGUUACCACUUAUGCAACAUCAUUUCAAUGGUGAUAAUUUGUUUGAUGAUUUUCUUAUCCUGUUUGGCGAGGAUAAUAAAUGGAAUGUUAGCAUAAGUAGACUUUGGGAUAUUAACCAUUACAUUGUUGAUUUUUCUCAAAUUGCAAAGGAUCUCUGUUUAGUAACUGGUGAUUUUUUGGUUUUUGAGCUGAUUGACGAUCGGGUAUUUAGAAUGUUACUGUUCCGUCCUAACGGUCUGCAGUCACUAACUCCGGACCGUCCUUUACCAGUUGUCCAAAUGGUUAAGAUUGAGGAUCAUGGUAAUGAUGUUGUGUCCUUUGAACAAGAAGCUAUUUUGGAAGAUAAUGUGGUAAAUGGUCCUUCUGAUGUCCUGGUUGAAGAAGCGGAGCCUCCAUUAGAACAAGACAUUUUAGAUGUUCCAUCAGUUGUUGAUCAAGCCAAUGAUUACGAACUGACAUGGUGUCUCACCUUUCGUUUUCGUUUUCCGAAGCCCUUUGCCAUGAACGUUGAUUUAUCCGUCCUUGAUGAAAUGACAGUUGAAACUGAAGACGGAUUUUCAAUGACUUUGGAGAUGCAGGAGGAAACUGCACGUGGCAGCAUUCGGUAUGCAUUAAGAGGAUGGCAGAACUUUAUGCGGCAAGAUGGUUUGGCGGAUGGUGGUCAGUUUGAUCUUCGUUACAAUAGAAAUCUGAAUAGGUUGCUCAUCUCUAACCACAACUUUUAA